UCCCUACCCCAGUAGUCAGGGUGCAUACAUUUAUGACACGAUCGUACGCGGUACGAGUCGAAUGUUUGCCUGCGCCCGGUUCGGACCGCGUUUCUGUGUUGAUGUACUGCGAUCGUGUGCGAUACAGCUGCAAAAGGCAAAACGGCGAUUUAUCAACAGAACGGAACGCAUUUCGAUUGCUCGGUUGUGAUUCGGUGCUUUUGUUCGGAUAGUUCGAAUACUAUUUCGGUGUAACGUUUAGUGUGACGAGUGAAUAAUGGUUACCAACUAAAUCAUGAAUUUGUCAAAGUACCGGAGGUUUUCAGUUGGCUCGCUGUGUUUUUUUUUUGCUGCAAGACGACAUCCGAUCAAGUGUGACACCGUGCAGUUCUAGUGAUAAAUUAAUCUAGCCCCUUGCUGCGAUGCCGCAAUCGCGUGACUAGACGACCUUGUGCUUACUUAUUUUCUAGCUAUUUUACUGUCCCGCUUCGGUGGAGGAGCGCAAGCAAUCGCAAAAGCCCAAGUGAAGUGGCAAAUUGGGCAUGCUGCGCGUACACUGGCCGCAACAAUUUAGGUGCGAGCUGAUUGCAUAUGUAACGCAUGUUUAACGAUACCGCCUCGAUACAAUUUAAGCAAAAAGGAAAAAAAUACAGCUCCUAAUCGGGACUACAAUUGAAUGGUGCGAUCGGCAAACUCAGCAUAAUAAUAUAAACCAGACGUUGUAAAAAAGUUUUAAAAGAAUACUCGUACAACUAUAUCUCAAAUGACGGUGAAACCGGCGGUUGUAAUUGGUACAGGGAUGACCGUCCGACCGGUAGCACAUUUCGCGCAAAAUGCAUCAGAGCGCGAGCAGCGACGACGCUCGAUCGUGAUACUUUCGCUACUCGCCGCAUGUGCGUUCCUGUUUGUGCUGUCACUCUGUCUGCUGACAGCACUGGUGAUGGUUGGGCGCAAUCUGUCAUCGGAUGCUGGCAGUCAUUCGGCUUUGACAGCUGCUACCGAUGAUAUGCAUUUAUUUAAAAACAACAACAACAUUCCACCGUACGACGGCGAAAACACAGCCAGUGAUAACGGAACCGGCGGACAGUACAAUCGCAGCACCAUCUUCCUACCGAACUCGGUGUUUUAUUCCGUGACACCAACGGCAACCGGAUCCGAGCCGGCCGGUUCAAUGAAUCGGGUGUUCAAGAUGGGCACACAAGUAGUGGAAAAGUUGGGCUUCCGGUUACCGCGCCACGUUGCACCGGUACACUAUGAGCUGUGGUUGCAUCCGGAUCUGCAGCGUGAAACUUUUGCCGGACGCGUUGGCAUCGAGCUGAAUGUGUCCGAAUCGACGAACUAUAUUGUGCUGCACAGCAAGCGGCUAACCAUCACGGAAACGUUGCUGCGUAAGCUUGGCGUUGAAGAGCGUCCGGAGCAUGAGAUCAAUAUAUCCCGUGCAUACGAAAUGCCGGAGCAUGACUACUGGAUCAUCGAAACGCAAACCGAAAUAGAGGCCGGUGCGUAUCGGCUAAAUAUGCAAUUUAAUGGUAGCUUGGCGGAUCGUAUCAUUGGAUUCUAUAGCAGCAGCUACCUAGACAAGACUACGAACCGGACGAGAAAAAUUGCAACAUCCAAGUUUGAGCCAACGUUCGCCCGGCAAGCCUUCCCGUGCUUCGACGAGCCGCACCUAAAGGCCGAAUAUACGAUCCACAUGAUUCAUCCGUCUGGCGAUGAGUACGAGGCACUGUCCAACAUGAACGUGACGGAAACGUUGGAAAACCAACCUACGGCAGGUUUAAGCACAACAACGUUCGAGCGAAGCGUAAGGAUGAGCACAUACCUCGUCGUGUUUAUCGUGAGCGAUUUCCAGUACAAGCAGGUACUGAUCGAACCGGUGCAUGGCGACAAAUUUCCGCUGCGCGUCUACGCCACACGCUUCCAGCAGAACAACAUCGAUUUUGCGCUUGACACCGCACGCAUCAUCAUUGAGUAUUAUGUGAGGUAUUUCGGAAUCGCUUACCCACUGCCCAAGCUGGAUAUGGCCGCCAUACCGGACUUUGUGUCCGGUGCGAUGGAAACGUGGGGUUUGGUCACGUACCGCGAAACGUCUAUCCUGUACAACAAGGACACGAGCAGUACGGCCAACAAGCAGCGGGUGGCAGGCGUGAUUGCGCACGAGCUGGCCCACAUGUGGUUCGGCAACCUGGUAACGAUGCAGUGGUGGAACGAGCUGUGGCUAAACGAGGGUUUCGCGAGCUACAUCGAGUACAAGGGCAUGCACGAAGCGAACCCGGACUGGGGCAUCGAGGAGCAGUUCAUCAUCGACGAUCUGCACGGUGUGCUGAACCUUGACGCUACAAUUGGUUCGCAUCCGAUCGUAAUGUCGGUGGAAAAUCCGAAUCAAAUUACGGAAAUUUUCGACACGAUCACCUACUCAAAGGGUGCCUCGGUUAUACGCAUGCUGGAGGACUUUGUGACACCGGCCAUUUUCCAGCAGGGUGUCACGCGCUACCUAACCAAGCUGGCCUUCUCGAACAGCGUGUCGGAAGAUCUGAUGCGCGAACUGGACGAACUUGUGUCGACGGUGAGUGUUUCAUCCGUGAUGGAUACGUUCACGAAACAGAAAGGUUUACCAGUGGUGACGGUCACACCGAACGCACGCCAGUACGUGCUGCGGCAGCAGCGUUUCCUAGCCGAUAAGGAUGCAAACGAGACGGAAGAAUCACCGUUCAAUUACCGCUGGUACAUACCGAUCACGUACGUUGCGAGCAAUGACGCACCGGGUGCCGAACCGCAUCGCAUUUGGUUCCCGAACGAUGAGACCGAGGUGGUGAUCGAGAUGCCGGAAGGGAGCACCUGGAUUAAGCUGAACUAUCGCCAGAUCGGGUACUAUCGGGUGAACUAUCCGGUGGAGAUGUGGGAACAGUUUGGUGAAGCAUUGCUUCGAAACGUAGACACGUUCACGAUCGGCGAUCGUACCGGGCUGUUGAACGAUGCGUUCGCUUUGGCAGACGCUACCCUGCUGCCGUACAACCAUGCACUCGAUUUGACGCGCUAUUUGAGUAACGAAAGCGAGUACGUACCGUGGUCGGCCAUUGCGAGCAAGCUGAAGACGAUCCGCAAUCUGCUGUACAACUACAAUUCGUACGAUGACAUCACGAGGUACACACGUACGUUAGUUAGCGAGGUGGUCCAAUCAGUCGGUUGGGAUGUGCCCGAAAAUGGUGAACAUAUGAAGAACCUGCUGCGUACCACGAUCCUCGAUCUGGCCUGCUCCUUUGGACAUUCGGAAUGUCUGGCCGAAGCGAAUCAACGCUUCCUGGGUUGGCUUAACAAUGGUGACACUAUUCAUCCCGACUUACGCUCCGUUGUCUACACCUACGGCAUACAGUCGAACGUAUCCGUCGACGAAUGGGACAAGGUGCUGGACCGUUUCCGCGAUGAGAACGAUGCGAAUGAAAAGACGAAACUGAUGGUUGCCUUAGCCUCAUAUCCACACCAGCGCACGAUGCGUCGGUUUUUGGACCUGUCCUGGAAUACGGCACUCGUGCGCACGCAGGAUCAGCUUAGCUGCAUCCAGUACAUAGCCGCGAAUCGUGAAGGCGAACAAGCGGCUUGGGAGCAUGUGCGCGAAAACUGGCCCCGCCUGGUGGAACGAUUCGGUAUCGGUGAGCGUAAUCUCGGUCGCAUGAUUCCAUCGAUUACCGGGCGGUUCACGACACUGGCACGCUUGAACGAGCUGGAAGACUUCUUCGCCCGCUAUCCGGAAUCGGGUGCUGGUGCGACCGCUCGGCUGCAAGCGCUUGAAAACAUCCAGAACAACAUCAGCUGGUUACAGCGCAACGAAGCAAACGUGGCCGCGUGGUUGAAGGAACCGGCAGUAUAGUGUCUAAUGGAAGGUUUUCGACCGACCACGGUCGGUGUGUGAAAGUGAAUAAAAAGUUUCUGCCUCGAUUUGUGCUCUAAGAGAUCAAAUCGCAGGUACACGUCCCAUGUA